AUAAAACAGCACAUUAGAAAGGUUAGGCCCAAAUGAGUUCGACCUUCGUCUUCCUCCUCGUCGGCCGGUUUCGUCACCGACGGCGAAAAUGUGUGUGAACAUUUUUCAAGUUUCAAAUAUAAUGCAAUAUGCUGCCACUUCUGGAGAUACUACCUCUGAACAUGUCUUUCAUCUUUUGGAUGUGUGAUAUACAAUCUCAAACUAAAAAUUAGCUCUUGAGUCUUGAGUGACAGAGAGAUUGAGAGGAAUGGAUAGAGGAAAAUUGGUUGUGGAGAGGGUACAGGGGAAGUCAACUCUAACCCGAUGUUUCUCAAAGUAUCCCUUUAAAUUCAUCAACCCCAACAAGGUUGGUGGUGAUGCUGUGUGGGUUUACACCAUCACCUAUGGUGGAGGCAUUGUCUCUGGUGACUCCAUUGAUUAUGAUAUUGAGGUGGGGGAUGAUUGUAUGGCAGUGUUGACCACCCAAUCUUCUACCAAGGUUUAUAAAUCUAUAGGAUCAAAAUGUUCUAAGCAAAGUUUGGAGGCGAUUGUUGGAAGCGGUGCACUCUUGGCUCUUAUUCCAGAUCCGGUAACUUGUUUUUCCACCGCAAAGUAUUCCCAAAUGCAAGUUUUCAAACUAAAACCUCAAUCAAGUUUGCUUGUUGUUGAUUGGAUAACAAGUGGUCGUUAUGAGACGGGAGAAAAAUGGGCUUUUUCUCACUAUAAGAGCACCAACUGCAUUAUUUUACAAGGCAAUGAGCCUUUAUUUCUUGACACGGUGUUGUUAGAGAAGGGAAGUUGUGGCUUGGAUCAGCUGCAGCACUACCAUGCAAUAGCCAUGAUAAUUAUUUUGGGGCCUAAAUUGAAGCUUAUUCAGGAUCAAAUCCAGAAAGAUGUCAAGAAAUUAAUGUCUCAGCCUUUAUUUAGCAAAGGUUCUUCGAAAGAAGCCAAACCCAGUUUUCUUGCUUCUUGCAGUACCUUUGGCCAAAAGGGGCAAGGCGUCGUUGUUAGGGUUGCAUCCACAACCACUGAAUCGAUCUACAACUUCUUGCAGCAACAAUUGGCCAGUAUGGAAGUAUUGCUCGGCGCUCCUCCCUAUCAAUAGAUAAAGACCGUAAGGGAAAUUCAUUUAAAAUUCAGGUCUAUCGAACAACUAAUCAUGCAUGGCCUAGCUAUCGAGCAAAGUUUGGAGUGUAAUAGUCUGCAAAUUACGCCUGCGGAAGAAGCCACCCCAAAUAAGUAAUACUUAGGUAACAACCUUGAAUUAAUUUUUUUUUUAUAUAUAUGCUACAUAAUACAUUUGCAUGGUAGAGAUUAAUUUAAAUUUUUUUAAAUAUUUUUUUGUCACAAUGAGAAUAAUAUAUUAUUUAUUAAAAAGAAAAUUAUGUGACUUUAUAAAAGCAUGCAUGGGAAAGAAAAGUUGCAUGGCUUCACUUUCCACGUAUGUGAAGUCUUCAUGUUUGUGUGUAGUUUAUGUAAAAGUAGAAAAGUUGAUAUAUAAUGGUCAGAAUGUUCAUUUUGAUUCUUUUAAAUGUAUCUUAUUAGAAACUAAAAUAAA